AUGCCGACCAUCCACCAGUUCGCCGCGAAGUUUGGCUACGAAGGAAACGGGGCCGGUGGCGUGGUGCAGGAGGCGCGCUACCCGGCGGCGGCGCCCGGGGUGCAGUUCGCGAUGGCGCCCGCCGCGGGGGUGCCCGUGGAGGCGGUCAAGUUCCGCCAGGCCGAGAGCGUGGUGGUGGUGAGCAACGCGCAGCCGGGCGCGGUCGCCCUCGCCGGACUGGCACCGCUACACACCGUAAACACAGGGGUGAAGUACCAGACAAUAUCGGCGACUUCGUCCGUGAACCUGGGUAACAUCGCGUACGGUGGCCAGGGUGGCUACGUCCAGGCGGAGACCGUGCACCAGCUCAAGGCUGAACAGAGGACCGACAAGAGGGAAUACAGGGAGGAGUUGCACCACGACAUAAUGGCCACCAUGAUGCAGCAACAGGGUGGCGCUGGAACCCAGCAGCUGGUGGUGGUGCUCCACGAGCCGAAAGAGGCGGCGGCAUUCGCACGCGCCAUUAAGCAGGAAGUUCGCGUAGAUCGACCCGCGGCCGCCCCAGCCGAAUUCAUCAGUAUAGGCGACGUGACAGACACCUCCACGUGGCAGACUCUCGGCGGUGGCGUGGCAGACUACUUGUCAGCGCUGCCACUGCCACUGCACCAUCUGCUCAAGUAUUCCGCACCUGCCACCUCCAUGCCCGAAGCGAAGAGGGAGGAGCAAUCGGCUAUUGUCUCUGUCACAGCGAACGCCCUACCCUCAAUAUGCUCUCUGACAUCGGUGCCGUCGAACAUUGUUAACAGCGUGGUGGUGCAGACGGCGUCGAUAGUGAACCAGAGCGCGAGCACGAACACGACCACUAUCACGAUAUCGAAGAAGAAGAAGAAGAAGAAAUCGCUGAAGGAGAAGAAGCCGAGGCCGAAGCCGGGGGAGAUCCGGUUGACGACUGCGCUGGAUGGCAGUACGUUAUACUGUUGCCCCGAGUGCCACAUGGCAUAUCCUGAGAGGGGGCUGCUUGAGCAACAUUUGGUUGGGCACACCAUGGAGAGGAGGUUCAUCUGCGAUAUCUGCAACGCGGCGCUGAAGAGGAAGGACCACCUCACCCGCCACAAGCAGUCGCACAACCCGGAGCGGCCGCACGUGUGCUCCGUAUGCCUGAAGGCGUUCAAACGCAAGGAGCAACUCACCCUCCACUUCGUCAUCCACUCGGGCGAGAAGCGGCACAUUUGCAACGAGUGCGGCAAAGGCUUCUAUAGGAAGGACCAUCUGCGCAAGCAUACGCGUUCGCACAUUGCGCGGCGCGUGAAGGCCGAGCUGUCGCAGCAGUCUGCCGGUGCGCCGUUGUCACAGCCCGUCACGCCGGCACCCACCCCCGUCGCGACGCCCUCU